AGGGCAGCUUGUACACGGAAGCAGGAACCGGACCUCUCAGAGCUUGUGAAACCUGUCGAGACUGCUGAAAUUAGACGGAUUUGGGUCGCGUUUCGGUGGAGUGUGUGGACACGGCCGGCACGAUGAGGACGACUUUGUUGCUGCUCGCAGUAUUUCUGUGUUUCAGCUCGGUCAUAGGGAGUGAAAAAAAGAAGCUGGAUCCAAUUCCAGAAGAGCCGGGGGAAACUGGACAGUCAAAGGCAAAGAAGGAAGAUCUGAAAGAUGAAAUAAACGAGCCAGCUCAGGAAACUGCUAAUCCAGCACAAAGUGAAAAUAAUACUGAUAGCAGUGAAAACCCCACUGUGCCCAGUAAUCAAACUGAAAAGAAAGAUGAGGUGCCCAACCAGUCAAAUAAGCAUACCAACGAAGAGAACCCUGUAGAUGCAAAGACAACUGACAAAAAAAAAUCAGAAGACAAAAAUUCUGAAGAAGAAACUUCCGUAAAGGUUGCAGAAUCAGAAGUAAAAAGCACCACAGAGCCAUCUGGAAGUAAAGGUAACAGUGAAAAUCACAAUCCCAAUACGCCAGUUAAGCAUCAAACGGAAAAGAAAGAUGAGGUGCCCAACCAGUCAAAUAAGCAUACCAACGAAGAGAACCCUGGAGAUGGAAAGACAACUGACAAAAAAAAAUCAGAAGACAAAGGUUCUGAAGAAGAAACUUCCGUAAAGGUUGCAGAAUCAGAAGUAAAAAGCACCACAGAGCCAUCUGGAAGUAAAGGUAACAGUGAAAAUCACAAUCCCAAUAUGCCAGUUAAGCAUCAAACUGAAAAGAAAGAUGAGGUGCCCAACCAGUCAAAUAAGCAUACCAACGAAGAGAACCCUGUAGAUGGAAAGACAACUGACAAAAAAAAAUCAGAAGACAAAGAUUCUGAAGAAGAAACUUCCGUAAAGGUUGCAGAAUCAGAAGUAAAAAGCACCACAGAGAUGGAGGAUGGCACUAGGGAGGAAGAUGGUGGAGAGUAUACCAAUACCGCAGACAACAGUGAGGAAGCACCAGGCCUAGAAAAUGACAAAGAGGAUCCAGAGAAAGUAAAGGAAGGUGGGGACAAUGAAAAGUCAGAGCAGACCAGAAAAACAGGAGGGAGCUCUCAGUACGACCUAUUACCAACAACGGAAAACACGGAAAGCAGUCAUUUCUUCGCCUACCUUGUUUUCACAGCUGUGCUGGUGGCAGGGCUCUAUAUCACUUACCACAACAAACGCAAGAUAAUUGCCUUUGUUUUGGAGGGAAAGCGAGCCAGAGCCGCACGUCGGCCUAAGUCCACAGAAUACCGGAAGCUGGAACAGUGUAUUUGAUCUCAAGCCACUUCCUGGAGCAGCUGUUGGAGUGCGGAUGCUGGUGUUGGAUAGAUUAAAUGGACUUUCUUUCUAUUUUGUACCUUUUUAGAUGUUUAUUGCAUGACUAUGCAGAUACUAUUUGCCUUAUUGAGAGAGUGGGUGAAAUGCAAUGAAGGUAGAGCAGGCAUGCUGCACUUGUGUCAUUAUUCCACUUGUAGUUUGGCCUGGCAAAGGUCCUGACUCAGGAUGUUGAAGUAGCAAAUUAGCUGUUUAGAUUCUAGCCUUACUCCUCUGGUGCGUUAGAGUUUGCACCGGGUACCUAAAUAAGCCAUCUGAAUCUUUGUGAAAUACUAACAACCUUAAUCCAAAAGGAGGUAAUGCCACAUUCAGGCUUAAAUAUGCCUGUUUGGAUUUUUUUUGUUUUCCAAGAGUUAAAUGGCUGAAGACAAAACACUUCUCUCAUAUCUGCAUGUUAAAUAUAGCCACAGCCGAGCAUAACUAGUCAGUGUGUUGUAAAUUGGGUAAACAGUGUUUUAAAGCUGUUUCCUGUAUAUUACUGCGCUACCAGGCUUGUUGAUAGCGGUUACUCCUUAUAAAUAAGCAUUCACUCUAUGUGGACAGCAGCCAUAUUAUAUUACAAAGUAAAUGGUAGAAAAAAAACCACAAAAUGAUUAUAGAACAUGAACUGAUAUUAACCAAUUUUUUUUAACCAAAUUAAUUUCUUCUAUCAUAUUUUUGUGUAAGACUUUCCGAAGGGGGCAUUCACAUGAAUUUUCUUGUUUUUGUUUCUUAUAAAUUAAUUUAUUGCAACAAUAAAUGCAUUAUUGUUACACUGUUUCUUGCCCACACUAAGUGAAGCUAAGCUGGCUGUAGGUUACUGUUUAGGUGCGGAUAUGAAAGUGGGAUCAGUUUUGUCAUAAAGUAAGCAACUGCUCCUUUAAAAACCACUUGAUUUCAAACUUCUCUUAGGCUGCUGGGUGCGCAUGUUAGUCUGUUAUUUUAGGCUGGAUGUCACGAUGACCUGUCUUUGGCGAAAGUGGUGUUAAAUGAUCUGAAACAAUAUCUCAUCAUGUCUGUGGUUUAGAAGAAUAUUUUUUAUGUUGUACCACUCGAUGUGUAUCUCGGGGAUGACCACUAAUCAUAAAGAUUUCAUAACUCCUCUGUCACAGCUGCGUGCUUGUGUUCAGAUAUGACAGGCUCGUGCCAAGUUGUGAAUGAUUUUACUGUGAUUCAUUGUGUCGCUCUGGUGUAGGUGGUGGGCAUGUAAAGCUAAUAGUGUAAGAAAUGCCAACCCCAUAUUAUGUUAUGAAAAUAUAUUUUUUAUCAAAGAAUCUACAGAGAAAUUUUAGCCUUUUUAAUAAUCUGUAGCACCAGAAAACAUCACGGCUAUGUAGCUAAAUGAAAUCUUUAUUUUUGCUAGGAAUGUCUGUCCACAGAGAUGUCCUGCUGUCAUUAAAAAUGCUUUCUUGCUCGUUAGUGUGAGAGGCGAGCCAGCAGAGUCGUGUGCUCGUUGGCAAAUAAAUGCUUUUUGUGCU